AAAUUCUCCCUCCUUCACACAAGAUCUGUCUGCGCCCCGGCGUGGGCUCUCCUUAGUGGGUUCGGGGAGCCAAGCCCCUUCCACACUGCAAACACUCCAACACCUCCCAGAUAACGCAAGGGCUGGACGGCUAACAGGGCUGCUGGCGCUCGGCCUCUCACUCAAGCCUCUAUGGUACGGUGGCGUCCUCUCUAGCCAAUUGAAGUCGUUUUCCAUUCAGCCAGCCGGUGGCUCCAUCUCUAUGGUAGCCGAUUUCCCAGCGCCGCCUGGUCGGCGUUUCCUUCCGGAUCAAAGAAGAGGUUGGACUUCCCUCCCGGAAGUGACCCACGUGCUUUUUAUUUCGCCUAGCUAGGUGCCCGGCACCUUUUUACUAUUGACCCGAAAUUGGGGACGUCGUGGGAUCCGUGACCUGCCCCAGGCCGUUGACUAAAGACCAGCAGCAGGCUCUUCUCCACGGUGCUAGGUUGACAUGGAUCCGCUUAGAGCCCAGCAGCUGGCUGCGGAGCUGGAGGUGGAGAUGAUGGCGGACAUGUACAACAGAAUGACCAGUGCCUGCCACCGGAAAUGUGUGCCUCCCCACUACAAGGAAGCAGAGCUGUCCAAAGGGGAGUCUGUGUGCCUGGACCGGUGUGUGUCCAAGUACUUGGACAUCCAUGAGAGGAUGGGCAAAAAGUUGACGGAGCUGUCCAUGCAGGACGAAGAGCUGAUGAAGAGGGUACAGCAGAGCUCUGGACCCGCGUGAGGCCCCCGGCAGUGUACACCUGGGGUGCGCCUCACCACUUACCCCAUUUAAGUGUUCCCUAAUGGGUGUCAUAUGUGAAAACUGUCAUGCUUAGGCUCACUGGAGCGUCUCCAGGACCCCUGGGUGUGGUAGAGCUCUCCUGACUAAAGGGGGAUUUGUCACGCUGGUUUGUGACUGUGUAUGUGUGUAUAUGUAUAUAUCUGUAUUAAAACAGAUUGUGAAAA